ACGUCAUAACUGCGCGACUCCAAACAGCAUGGCUCUCACUUGUCAGGCUUGCACUCGUGUUGAAAGUUAAAGUGUAAAGUGAAUCAGAGUUAUAACAUAACGAACGAAAUGGAUGUUCCCGACGCUAACAACGACAGUUUCGGAAUAGAAGUGAUUCUUCCUGACGGCGGGAAAACAGCGCCAUGUUGUCCGCAUGGUCCAACCUUGCUAUUUGAGAAAGUGAGCAAAGGAGGGGAGAAAGGCAGGAGGUUCUAUGCCUGCUCUGCCUGCAGAGACAGGAAAGACUGCCACUUCUUCCAGUGGGAGGAUGACAAGGUGUCCGAGGCCAGGCUUCUGGCCAGAGAGGCAGAGAACCAGUCAAAGAGACCUCCCUUAACCCAGCAGGAGCGCGUCAAAAGGUUUAAAAAGUUGGGCUCCCUGCGGCUGGAUGAGAAGAAGUUCUGUCAGGAUUGUCAGAUGUUGCUGCUGCCAGCAGAGCAUGAGGCCCACUCCUCUCACAGGUCAGUGGGGGUCUCCAGUGCUCAGCUGAGGAGACCCAGUGUGCUGCUCCGUCCUCUGCUUAACAAGAAGAGCAACGCCCAGUACCUGUUCACCGACCGCAGCGCACACUUCCUGCUCGACUCCCUGGCUGCUCUGGGAUACAACAAGGUGCUUUGUGUGGGAACACCCAGACUUCAGGAGCUGAUCACGCUGCGGAACCUGGAGGGAAAACAUGAGCCAAUGAAGAGUCUGCUUCUGGACAUUGACUUCAGAUACGCUCAGUUCUACAGCCAGGAUGAGUUCUGUCACUACAACAUGUUCAACCACCACUUCUUUGAUGGAAAGGCUUCUAGUGCAGUCCUUCAGGCCUUCCUCACAGAGAGUGAGGGGGGGAAGCUGGUGAUGGUGGCGGACCCUCCGUUCGGGGGCCUGGUGAAGCCUCUGGCCAACAGUUUCUCUCUGCUCUCUCAAACCUGGAGGAAGCUGCAGAGCUCGGACGGCAGUGGUGCUGACAUGCCCAUGAUGUGGAUCUUCCCAUAUUUCUUUGAGCCUCGCAUCUUGGAGUGUCUCCCCUCACUCACCAUGCUGGAUUACCAGGUGGACUAUGACAACCAUCCUCUGUAUAAACAUGGGAAAACAGGCAGGAAGCAGUCUCCGGUGAGGAUCUUCACCAACAUUUCACCAAAAGACAUCGUCCUGCCCAAGGACGAAGGCUACAGAUUUUGCUCUGUAUGUCAGAGAUUCGUCUUGUCCCUCAACAAGCACUGUGCUAAAUGCAAUGUCUGCCCGUCCAAGGACGGCCGAGAAUGGAAGCAUUGCUCAACGUGUGAGAAGUGUGUGAAACCAUCCUGGAGACACUGUGCGCCCUGUGGCCGCUGCGCCCUGCCGGACCACCCGUGUGGACUGAGUGAGGGGACGGAGGGCUGCUUCAACUGCGGCAGCCUGAAGCACAAACGCAAAUCCUGCACUGUCCAGGACUCUCAGAGGACCAGGAGUAAUCGACCCAAUGCCAAGAGCGGAAGCAAAAAUGUGUCCCAUCGUCCCAACCAGAAGCCUAAAGCUAAGAGGAAGUCUGGAGCAGCGCGCAGAGCAAAGAAGCUGGCCGCUCAGUCCGAGUGACCUCAGCAGAGUGAUUUUAUAUACAGCGACUCAAGUGACUGUACAACACAGUGUUAGCAGUGCUUUGAAUAAAACAACUACAACAAAGA